AUGCAAUCUCUACGGUUGCCGUCAAACUCUUUCCGUGUCCUAUAUAUGGCCUUCACUAACAACGCAAAUAUGCACAAUUUAGUGAAACAAGAGAAUGAACAAGUUGCCACGAUUAAACCUGGCGAGACAUUAGACCAUGCUGAUUUACAAACAAAAAGGUCUCGUAAGGCGACAAAAGCUUGCGUAAAGAAGCCAGGCUGUUUUCGACCCGAAUUAGUACCGAUAAAUCAAAUGCGAAAAUAUCAACUCAUGACUAAAUACAUGAUUCCAAAGCACGCCAUUCAGAGGUUUGUUAAACAGAUAGUUCAAGAGUUGAAACCAAAUGACUCAUUCCGUAUGCAAAGUGCGGCCGUCUUUAUAACAUUACUCGAUGGUUAUUAUCUCCUCAGUAAAAAUGAUGUCCGUAUCGUCGUCAUCUUCCAUCUGAUCCAUAAGUUCUUCGAACAAGUGUUGAUCAAACUCCAAACUCUCGUCCAACAGAUCCAACUCUUCCGUCAUAUUUUCCUCUGCCAUCAAUUCAUUCAUUUCCUAUACCUGUUCGUUGCCUUCGUUGUCGAUAGCAUCCAUCCCUUCUUAUGCCGCAAUCCACUCCUCCUCUUCAAUGGCUUCAGCCACAACAAACAGUUGUUGUACCCGUUCAGCGUCUUCACCGAUUGCCACAUCUAUGGCGGCUUCUCGGAACUGAGCUUCGGUGGCAAACUCUUGUUCAUCUGGAAUAAAAUAGAUGCGAAGCUAUGA